AUGGAUUUCACACCAAAUAUCGCCGAGAUAUGGACUCUCUAUGCGGUUGGUACCAUAAUGAUUGGUGCGAGGGUCUUCGUCAGGACUAAGCUUGUUGGGGUUCAAGGCUAUAGGGCUGAUGACUACCUCGUUUGGCUUACCUGGAUGGUAUACACCAACGUAUGCGUCAUUGCGCAUGUCUUCAUUGUGAAAGCGCAAGGCAAACACACAUCGUUACUAACUUCAGAACAACGGAGAACCAUGCCGCUUAAAGAACAAGAACUAUGGAUCUACGGGUCCAAGAUAUUUCUUGUCGGUUUCUACAGCUACGCCGCAAUUGUAUGGAGUCUCAAGUUGAACAUGCUCUUCUUCUACAAGCGCGUCGUCAGAGGUUUGUGGGUAGAGAAGUUCAUACAACCGGUCAUGGGGUUUGUCUUGGCUUCGGCUGUUGCUGUUAUAUUCACCUUUACUUUGACUUGUCGUCCAUUUCACAAAUUAUGGCAGGUUUAUCCUGACCCAGGCUGGCUCUGUACACCACAAAAUAAAGCCACAUUCUACACAGUACUUAUCCUCAACAUAGUAACCGACCUGUGUAUUCUUAUUAUCCCUAUUCCCGUCGUUCUCUCAAUGCGAGCUAGCAUUAUCCGAAAACUCGGUCUCAUUCUUCUGUUCAGCCUGGGUAUUUUUUGCAUACUGGCCGCUAUCCUGCGCGUUGUCUUAAUUUUCGCGCUCAACCAGCAGGGCGUUUCGGCCAUGUGGUCUAUGCGCGAAGAUUUUGUCGCGAUCUUCGUCGGGCAAGCCCCUAUGGUCUACCCUAUCCUCAGACGUCAAUUUUGGCAAGGCAACUACGGCGACGGUACUGGUCUCAGCGACGGGAAGAGAAGUGGAGGUUAUGAACACCAUCAAAUGAGCGUAUUCUCAUCCAGGAAACCACGGGAUCCUUAUUCUAUCACGCAAAUCGGCGCCACUGUCAUAGACAAGUCGGAAAGCCAAGAAGAAAUCAUCAAAGAGCCCGCAGCUAGGGGUAGCCCCAACAAGGAUCAAGGACGAGACGGCAUCAUGAUCAAGCAGACGUAUGAUGUCGCAUAUGAGGAUAAUGCACAUCAUGGGAGGAGGGAUUGA